GUCGCAUUUAACUGAGCGUGUUUACCUAUAAUACGAUGUAAAGUAGAUUUCUAUAUCUGAAAUCUAUAGAGUAGCAAUUAUAAAGGGAAACCUAUUAUUCCCCCAUACACUCGAACCUCAAGUUUCAGUCCGUGAUUCUAAUUGAAAUAUCGGGUUUAAACGGUGUCAAGACAUGAAUAUCUCAUUGCACCGAACAUAUUCCCCAGUUACUUCGAAUAAGAUAUAUCUUUUUAUUGCUCUAUAUUAGACAAUGGACCAACGCGCCGCAAUCCCCGUUACUCUACCGAGAGAGAACCCCACCCGGAGCUACUGGCAGCUUGAACCCCACGAGAUCGCCGACGUGCGCACGACUGAUUUAUUGCCGGGGAAGGCGGAAGUUGUAAUUAUUGGAAGUGGGAUCACAGGGGCUGCAAUGGCUUUCAACUUGCUAGAGAAUGGUACUCGCGACAUUGUCAUGCUGGAGGCUCGACAGGCAUGCUCGGGCGCAACAGGACGGAACGGUAUAUUCUUGUUUAUAUUCUUGUUCCGGAAUACUUAUAAUAUGUUUUCUUAAACUGACCUUACGUGUUAUAGGCGGCCACACGAAGGCGGCGUCCUACCUCUCAUUCCAAGAGCAUGAGAAGCAUCAUGGCACUGCUAUGGCUGUCAAGAUCUCUCGUCUCGAGCUGGCUAACAUUCGCGCCGUGCACGCGUUUGCAAGGGAACACGGGAUUGAGUGCGAUAGCCACCCUUGCGAUACAGUAGACGUGGUUUAUGACUCAGCGCGAUGGGAGUUCGACCAGCGCGCUGUUAAGGCUAUGCAGGAUGCCAUGCCUGGCGACGAUGCCUCUGUCUAUGCUUUGCAUAGUACCGAAGAAGUACGCUCCAAAUUCUUCUGUGGCCAGGGAGGAGAUGAGGAAGUAUAUGGUGGCUUAUCGUAUGAGGCAGGAAGUCUGAAUUCCUACAAGUUUACUAUAGGCGUGCUGAAAUUGUGCUUAGAGAAGGGCCUUAACUUGCAAACCAAUACCCCUGCGCUCAAUCUGGAAAGGCUCGAGGGUGGUGGUUGGAAGGUAGAAACACCCAGGGGCUCUGUAGAAGCGCAGAAGGUUGUACUGGCUACAAAUGGAUAUACCGCGAGCAUCUGGAAGAGAUUCCAAGGAGUCAUCGUUCCGCUACGUGGACAUGUUACUGCGCAGCGACCCGGUUUAAGCAUACCGAAGGAUCGCCUAGCAGGCUCAUACAGCUUUUUCAGUAAAAAGGGAUACGAUUACAUGAUUCAACGACCGCGAGGCACGCAGUUUGAGGGGGAUAUCGUAAUCGGCGGGGCUCUCUCUAAGGCUGUUGCAGAUGGUCUCGAGGAGUAUGGGACGACAAAUGAUACUACACUUAACAAUGACAUCGUAAAAGCUCUUGAAGACAGCCUACCGAGAUACUUCGGUGAUAACUGGGGUAAAGAUGACCAAGAAGGGCGAAUACGUAAUGUGUGGACCGGUAUCAUGGGAUAUAGCCCCGAUGGUUUCCCUUUCGUCGGUGAGGUUCCGGGAGAGAAAGAUCUUUGGGUCUCUACUAGUUUCCAAGGUCACGGCAUGGUUCUCUGCUGGAUGUGCGCCCGCGCGCUCACGACUAUGAUGAAUGGUCGUUCGGAUGAGAACAAGGGGUUGAAUUCGUGGUUCCCUGAAGUAUUCAGGAUUACCGAAGAGAGAAUGCGCCUGAUUUUCAAGGGUCGCCUACGUAACUGAACUGGAGUACUGAUGUCGACAUGCUUUAUGCUUUGAAGCCUGUUGUUAGUAGUGAAAAGAAUGGUGAAUGUGUGAGAUGGACCGGUUUUGCUUCGUUAUAAGUGAAGUGGGAGGUCUGUCCUACCUUAUUAAAAUUCUUGCUGAUAUUUUUACCUGGCAGCCGUCCCUUAACUGC